AUGAUAUCAAUUCUCACACCCAAAUUUGUUCAGUCUGUCUUGAUCCUCGAAAUGGCAGACAAAGAGAGCGAGAUAAUAUCCAAAAACUUGGGUAGAACCACGGCCACCGACAUCACUACAAAUACCAAAAGCGACUUGAAUCAUGAACUUCAUUUUGCCAGACGCGGCGAAGCUCUGGCUGAGGCCUCAUCAAGCCAGGAGAGCAUAGAUGGAUAUGAUCCGGAAUUGAUGAAUGGCAGAACAUUGCUCACGGCAGCAGAGGAGAAAAAAUUGCUGCGCAAGAUAGACUGGAGACUGAUGACUCUUUGCUCACUUAUUUUCAUGUUCAAGAAUCUGGACAGCAAUAAUGCAUCCAACGCUCGGAUCAUGAAUAAGGGGACCGAUCAGAACAUCAUGACUCAACUCGGAAUAACGUCAAACGAGUAUAACUUGGUGACCGUUCUUUACUAUAUCCCGUACAUUGUGUUGGAAGCGCCUUCCAAUUUGCUGAUGAAGAGAUUCUCGCCUUCAAAGUGGCAGUCAAGAAUCAUGCUCAGCUGGGGUAUUGCUCUUAUGUGCAAUGCUGCCGUCAAAAACAAGGGCGGGUUGUAUACAACGCGAUUCCUAUUGGGUGUGGCCGAAGCUGGACAGUUUCCCGGUGUUAUUCUUCAGAUGACUUACUGGUAUCGUCCAGACGAGAUGUCCUUGCGAUUACUUUACUUCUAUAUUUGCGGAAAUGUCUCCGGUAUUUUCGGCGGUCUUCUUGCAUACGCGUUUGACACCGUGUCUGGUGCUGCAGGACUUUCUGGGUGGCAAUGGCUGUUUUUGACGGAGGGAAUCGCAACUGUUCUCUUCAGUGUUGUAAUCUGGUUUUUGCUACCAGACUUCCCCGAAACAGCGAAAUGGUUGACCGAAAAAGAGAAGAAGUUCAUCCAAGCUCGACUCCCAUCAAACGCUCCUCGAGCCAGCGAAAAGAACUUCAAGUUCCGUGAAAUUGUCGAAUCCUUGAAGGAUGUGAGACUAUGGCUGUUCACAUUAAUUUGGGCCACCUUUACUGUUGGAACAGACGGUGUCACCUUUUAUCAGUCCACCGUCAUCGCCGAUCUCGGCUACACGAGCAUCGCCGCGGCACAACUGCUCAACAUUCCCAUCACUGUCUGCGGACUCCUAUUCAUUGCUAUCACGGGAAUCACCGCAGACCGCAGUAGGAUUCCACGACCAGUGUAUCCGCUUUCAUUCCUGGUCGUCAUCCUAGUCUGCUACGGCGUUUUCAUCGCCUAUCCAAGCCCCGGUGCCAUUUUCGCAGUGACACUUAUUGGAAAUGCUCUCAAAGCAGGAUGGUACCCCGUCAUGUGGCCAUGGCGAGUUCAAACCACAUCCCGGGCAACAGGUUCAGCUUUCUCCAUCGGAUUUGUCAAUAGUUAUGGCCAAAUUGGAGGGGCCAUUGGCCCACAGAUGUUUAGAAGCGAGUACGCUCCGCGAUACACGGUUCCCUUUGCAGCUGCGAUGGCUCUUGUUGGAGUUUGUGGUCUUUUGACUCUUGUUACGUGGUGGAUUACUCGCGAGACAGAGCGCGAUACUAGACGAUUGAAGCUUGCGAAGAUUGCGGCUGAGAAAAGGGGAGAAAUCAUUCUGGAGGAUGUGGUUGAUAAAGAUUUGAAAAGACAUUAG